CAUGAUAAUCACAAGCAAAAUGUCAACAUUGGCGUUUCAAACUUCCGUUUUCUAGUUUUCAAUUUUAUUCAUUCCAAUCACACCCGUCACCAUUGACCAAGUUCUCAACAUAAAAAAGCUUAUCACAUUUCAUUUCUUGCGCAGAGCAACAUCUUGAUGCAACAUGGUGACCAACCGUGUAACACUUUUUUUGCUCUUUGCAAUCGGAUUACUACUAUGCUCCUCCGCCGCAGCUCCCAAUUACAUCGCCAAUUACUGCAACCAAACCUCCAAUUCCACCGCCAGAUUCCAAUCCAAUCUCAACGUCCUCCUCUCCUCACUCAUCUCCAACGCCUCCCAAACUGACGGCUACUACGCUUCCGCCAUGGGCAGAGGAACCCCAGACGUCACCGAGGGCGAUCUCCUCUGCCGCGGCGACAUCUCCCCCACCACCUGCCAUGACUGCGCCGCCGCCGCAGCGGCGGAAAUCACGCGCCGCUGCCCUAACAAAACAGCGUCCAUUGUCUGGUACGACGAGUGCACCAUCACCUACACCUACCGCUACUACUCCCCCACCGGAACCGACCAGAGAGCAGCGUUGCCGAACGAUGACGGCGACGGCAACGGCAACAACGGUGACAUUUCUGAUUCGGAUAUUGACAGUUACAACAGAACGUUGUUCGGUUUGUUGAAUCGGUUGGGGGAGGAAGCUGCGGAUCCUGGUUCGGCGAAGAGAUUUGCGAGCGGCGAUGAGGGGUUUGGCGGGUCAUCGCGGCGGGUGUAUGCGCUGGUGGAGUGCGCGGGGGAUAUGACGCGUGGUCAGUGUGAGGAGUGUUUGCAGAAUGCGAUUGGAAUUCUUCCGGCCUGUUGCGGAGGAAGAAGGGGUGCGAGGGUUAUGCUUGCGCGGUGUAAUGUUAGGCACCAAUUGUACUUGUUUUACAAUUCAACAAGUGUGACUACUUCUCCUCCCUCAGGUGAUAAGAAAUCAGAGUCAUGGAAAAUUGCCUUACUUGUAGUUAUCAUCAGUUUGAUAAUUUCCCUGUGCUGUCUCUGUUAUUUCCUAAUGAGAAAAUCAAGGAAGAAACAUAGGUCCCUUCUUAGGAGAAACUUUGGGGAUGAAAGCUCGAAUUUGGGGUCAUUACAAUUCAAUUUGGCUACAAUUCAGGAUGCCACAAGGAAUUUUUCAAUUGAAAACAAAAUCGGAGAAGGUGGAUUUGGAGAGGUUUACAAGGGUAUCCUUUUAGAUGGACAACAAAUAGCCGUUAAAAAACUCUCACAGUUGUCAGGACAAGGAGCUAUAGAAUUUAAGAACGAGAUUACACUCAUAGCCAAACUUCAACAUAGAAAUCUAGUGACGUUGCUAGGAUUUUGCUUGGAAGAUCGAGAGAAGAUGCUUAUUUAUGAAUUUGUGCCUAACAAGAGCCUUGAUUACUUUCUAUUUGGUCCCCACAAGAGCGGCCGUGUAUUGAAUUGGUUUGAACGUUAUAAAAUUAUCGAAGGAAUCGCUAGAGGAAUUCUUUAUUUACAUGACCAUUCACGAUUAAAAGUUAUACAUCGUGAUCUUAAACCUAGCAAUAUAUUAAUAGACCAAAAUAUGAAUCCAAAGAUCUCUGAUUUUGGUUUGGCAAGGAUGGUUUCUAUAGAUCAAGAUCGCGGAAAUACAAAUAGAAUUGUGGGUACAUAUGGUUAUAUGUCUCCGGAAUAUGCAAUGCAUGGACAAUUUUCAGAAAAGUCAGAUGUGUUUAGUUUUGGUGUCAUAGUUUUGGAGACAAUUAGCGCGAAAAAGAACACUCGUUCUCUUCUAGCUAAUGAUGAUGACGACCUCUUGAGUUAUGCUUGGAGGCAAUGGAGGGAUCAAACACCGUUGAAUAUAUUGGACAAAGAUAUAAAAGAGCCUUUCAACCAUAGUGAAAUCAUUAAGUGCAUCCAAAUUGGUUUACUAUGUGUGCAAGAGAAGCCAGAGAAUAGACCUACUAUGGAAAAAAUUGUUUUGUAUCUCAGUAGCCCUUUAGCUGAGUUGCCACUUCCUGGAGAACCGAUCAUUCCUAUUCGCAAUAUGGUAGCAGGGGAAUCAAGUUCUGGUUCUGCAUUAUCAACUAAUGAAAUGUCCGUGAGUAUAUUUGUGCCUCGAUAACAUGAUCUAUAACUUUGGUGGAUCACUUGGAAUUUUUGUGAUUUUUCAUUUGUAGUUGGUAUAUAAACAGAAUACAUCUGUAAAUUGGGACAAAAUCCUCUAUAAUAUGACCUUAUGUUGGUCAUAGUUUUUUCAUGGUAAACUUCUACACCAUGGCUAAUGGAUAUAAUAUGACCUUACAUAUAUAAUUUUGAAGUAAUUCUCUCA